AUGUCACAUCUGCCAUCCAGCUUUGAUGAUCCCAACGCAGACCUCGAAGGUUUGCCCUUUUUGCAAAAAAUCAAGUACCACAUCAAACAGCAGCCAUUGGUGCCCCUGGGCACGCUGCUGACGACCGGCGCCGUGAUACUCGCCGCCAAGAACGUCAGAAGCGGUAACAAGCGCAGGGCCCAAAACUAUUUUCGUUGGCGUGUCGGGCUCCAGGGUCUCACGCUGGUAGCUCUUGUUGCAGGAAGCUUUAUCUACGGCACGAACAAGAAAGAGCAGAAAACCAAAGAGGAUCAAUUGCGCGAAAAGGCGAAGCUAAGAGAGCAAUUGUGGAUCCAGGAACUGGAGACCAGAGACCAGGAGACGCAGAUGCGCAAGAAACGGGCCCAGAUUGCAAAGCUCAAGACCCAGGAAAUGACCGAGGAAGCUUCCAGACUGGAGGAAGAACUCAAGGCCUUACAGGCUAAGUUUCGCAAGUAA